AUGAUUGUAUUGGCAUAUCGUUUCCCAGAUACGAACUCCUGCCUGCCAUCUGAUUGUAAAAAUGGGGCUAUCUGCAAAUAUAAGUGUAUAUGCAAAGGAGACUACUUUGGAACUCACUGCGAAAAUUUAAAUGGUGGAUUUUCCGAAUGGGGUUCAUAUGGAAGUUGUUCAAGAACAUGCGGAACCGGAAGUAAGACCAGAACGAGGGCAUGUGAUGACCCGACACCUGUUGGGACCGGAUCUGAUUGUUCUGGAAACACAUCAGAGACCAUUCCAUGUAGUACUGACCCUUGUCCAAUUCUCUGUCCAAACGCUUCUACGUCCUUCCGAAAUAACAUGACCAACAUGACGUCAGAGGAACUUAUGAAAGUCAUCGAUAUGCUCAAAGCAGAACUGAAAGUUGACAAAACAAAAACAAGCCUGAGUGUACGUCGGAAGACGAGUGCCAAAGACUCGCGGACAUCGGCAAAGACGAUUGGGGCUGUGGGAGCUGUGAUGUUGGCUGUUCCAUUCGUCUUAAUCAUCCUGUUAGAUUUGAAUAGUUUAUAUCAAUAUCGAAGUCAGAAAUCUGCAAAGAGACAAAUAUCACCUCAAAUAUAA